AUCUCAUAGACCCAGAGACUGACUGUGAGUUGCGUCCUGAGGUAACAACUUGCACUACCACCCUAUCAAAAGGCCAGUUUAAUAGUGCCAGAUUUGAAAGGUUUUCAAGUUGGAAGGUGCUGCAAAAGGCUAUUGCCAAACUCCAACAUAUAGCUCAAUCAUUCAAGAACAACUCUGAGGUUUCCUGUCGUGGCUGGCACAACUGCAACAAACAUUUAACUGAAAAGUCACUGCAACUAGCCAAGACCACGAUCAUUCGCACCGUUCAAAGAGAGGUCUUCGCAGAAGAUAUUGGAUGCAUUGAAAAAGGCACAGCUCUAAAAAACUCAAGUCCACUCAGCAAACUGAAUCCAUUUGUUGACACGCAAGGGCUCCUUAAAGUUGGAGGCCGACUAAAGAAAGCACAGUUGUCUGCAGAAGAAACCAAUCCCAUACUCGUCCCUGGAAAGCAUCAUCUUGCUCAGCUCAUAAUAAGACACUUUCACGAAAAAUUAUGUCACCAGGGAAGGCAUUUCACGGAGGGAGCAGUCAGAGCAGGGGGCUUUUGGAUUGUGGGAGGAAAAAGAGCAGUAAGCAGUGUGAUUUUCAAGUGCAUCACAUGCCGCAAAUUAAGGGGCAGGCAACCUGAACAGAUAAUGGCUGAACUUCCUGAGGACAGGCUGUCCACGGACCCUCCUUUCACAAAUGUAGGCCUUGAUGUGUUCGGUCCCUGGUCCGUUACAGUGAGAAAAACGCGUGGUGCUAAUGCAGAUGCUAAAAGAUGGGCAGUCAUAUUCACCUGCAUGAGUACACGUGCAAUUCAUAUUGAAGUGAUUGAGUCAAUGGACACAUCGUCGUUCAUUAAUGCACUGCGUCGUUUCUUUGCCAUCCGAGGUGGUGCCAAACUCUUGAGAUCUGAUUGUGGGACAAAUUUUGUGAGUGCCUGCAAAGAGCUCCAAAUAGACAAACUAGGCUGUCACAAUGACAAAAUAGGCACAUUCUUGAAAGACAGUGCGUGCAAAUGGCAGUUUAAUCCUCCACAUGCAUCCCAUAUGGCUGGUUCCUGGGAACGCAUGAUCGGCGUCACCCGAAAAAUCCUCAAUGCAAUGCUCCUUGAACAUCCAUAUGGGAAGCUCACACAUGAAGUACUCGUGACAUUGUUAGCUGAAGUUACCGCAAUUGUAAAUGCCCGUCCGCUAACAGCCGUUUCUACAGAUCCCGAAAACCCAGUCAUUCUUACUCCUGCGAUGCUACUCACGCAAAAGGUUGGCACACCACCGAUUCCACCAGGGCAGUUUCAGACCAGUGACCUAUUCAAAGCCCAAUGGAAGCGCGUGCAGUACUUAGCUAAUGUUUUCUGGAGUCGUUGGCAGAAAGAAUACAUCGCAGGCUUGCAGGUUCGUCGCAAGUGGAAAAUAAAAAAGCCGAACCUUCAAAUGGGCGACGUUGUUUUAAUGAGGGAGUCUCUGGAACAUAGGAAUAAUUGGCCACUCGGACUGAUCACAAAAUCUUUCCCAAGUGAGGACGGUAAUGUCAGAAAAGUUGAGGUUAAGAUUUGCCGAAACGGCGAGAAUAGGUUUUACAUUCGCCCAAUUCGUGAAGUUGUGCUUUUGCUGUCUAAGGGUAGCAUGUAAAACGAGUUGUUGUUGUGUAUCGUUCAUUAGUUAAGAGCUGACAUCUUGCAGAUGUCAGGCGGGGAGUGUUAUGUCCUCUGGUCUUAUGUUGACUACUUUUUGGGUUUAAUUUCUUUCUAAGAUUGUACAUUGUUCAUCCGUCCACAGGAUGUCGCUAUUCUAACUCAGAAUCUUAAGUUUUUCUUUGGUAUUGCUGUUUGCGCUCGGCUUCCCCUAGUGGCGACUUGCUGUAAGCAGCAGGCAGAAAGAACUUUUUAUUUCAGUUGGAAAAGAGGCCUUGAGGUGUUAAGACGUUACACACCUCCUCUGCACCAUACAUCGUUGGGAACCCUUGACAAAACAAAAUCUUUUUACCACACACACACACACACACAC